CCUAUUUAGCAGUACCUUGUCAGAUCCUGGGUUGAUAAGACACUUCCUAUUCUAGUCAUAUUAACUAGUACUUGUGCUCAUGACUCAUUGAAAAUACAUCUCAAACCCUCUCAAGGACCAAAGCCAAAUUUCUCUUGAGUGCUAAUGCAGGACGCAGGACACAGUAGACAGCAGCACUCAGAUGAAAGUGUGUAAGAGCUGCUGAAUCAUCACGGCAUGCUCCAACCUCUGCCAGCACAGUAAGUGGACACCGUCUCCUCUACCCUGAUGAUCAAUUAUGCAGAGACCGGACUGCAGAAGAGGCACAUUCGCGAACAAACAAUGAAGUCUGAUGUGCUUUGUUUUGCAGCAGAUCUUCAUCUCCUUUACGACCUGUGUUGUGUUGGCUCUUGUGAGUGCUUUAUAAAGCAUGGCACUGGGUGGCAGAAUGAAUCUUUACCAGGCAGUAGACAGUCCCACGUUCAUAAUGAGAGUGCUGCUGAGCCUGGUCCCUCUGCUGCUCGUCGCAUGGAGCGUAAACAACACUGAAGCAUUGCCUGUACAGGGCAAACUGACAAACAGCAACGAGGUGCUGACAAAAGAGCAGAAGGACUUCAUGACAAAGGUUUUGGCAAUCCUUGCUGAAUUUAACGUGACCAUCAAAGACCUGGAAAACAUGGACCCUGAGCAGCGGAGUAAACUGACCGAGAGAGUUGUUCUCGGUCUGCCACCUGCACGAGAGAAAUCCCAGUGCAAGAACUUCUUCUGGAAGACUUUCUCUGCAUGUUAAACUUGCAUGUAUAUAAGGGACCAAAAUGACCCUACAUCUUACAAAUUACAAAACUAAUGAACAGCUGAAUACUACAAGUACUAAGUAUUAAUAAAAACAUCAGCAAUUA